AUGCUGGUUUUAUUUGAAACGGCUGCCGGUUAUGCAAUUUUUAAAGUCCUGGAUGAAUCCAAACUCCAGGAGGUGGACAGCUUAUGGAAAGAGUUUGAGACGCCGGACAAGGCUAAUAAAAUAGUGAAGUUGAAACACUUUGAGAAAUUCCAGGACACAACAGAGGCAUUGGCAGCGGCCACCGCCCUGACGGAGGGAAAGAUCGGCAAGAGCCUGAAGAAGGUGCUGAAGAAAGUGGUGGCCAAAGAAGCCCACGAGCAGCUGGCCAUCAGUGAUGCCAAGCUAGGGGGAGUGAUCAAGGAUAAGCUGAACCUGAGCUGCGUUCAUAGCCCCGCGGUGGCCGAGCUGAUGAGAGGCAUACGAACCCAGAUGGAGUCACUCAUCACUGGGCUGCCCCCACGGGAGAUCAGCGCCAUGUCCCUGGGGCUGGCACAUAGUUUGUCGCGCUAUAAGCUGAAGUUCAGUCCGGACAAAGUGGACACCAUGAUUGUUCAAGCUAUCUCUCUGCUGGAUGAACUGGACAAGGAGCUGAACAACUACAUCAUGCGCUGUAGAGAGUGGUAUGGCUGGCACUUCCCAGAGGUGGGGAAGAUCAUCACCGACAACCUGGCGUACUGCAAGAGUGUCCGUAAGAUCGGCGCCCGUACCAACGUGGCCACUACCGACCUCUCGGAGUAUCUGACUGAAGAAGUUGAAGCUGAGGUCAAGCUGGCCGCGGAAAUCUCCAUGGGUACAGAGGUGUCGGAGGAGGACAUAGACAACAUCAUGCACUUGUGUGACCAGGUGAUCGAGAUCACAGAGUACCGCACUCAACUGUAUGACUACCUGAAGAAUCGCAUGAUGGCCAUCGCUCCCAACCUGACGGUCAUGGUGGGGGAACUGGUCGGGGCACGCCUCAUCUCACACGCGGGAUCCCUGUUGAACCUGGCCAAGCACCCAGCCUCCACAGUGCAGAUCCUGGGUGCUGAGAAGGCCCUGUUCAGAGCACUGAAGACGCGCAGGGACACGCCCAAAUACGGUCUUAUCUACCACGCCUCCCUGGUCGGGCAGACGUCCGCCAAGAACAAGGGCAAGAUCUCCAGAAUGCUGGCUGCCAAAGCGUCCCUGGCCAUCCGCUACGACGCCCUGGGGGAGGACACCAAUGCAGAGAUGGGAGUGGAGAACCGGGCCAAGCUGGAGGUCCGACUACGACAUCUGGAGGAGAAAGGAAUCCGACGGAUAAGUGGAACAGGCAAAGCUAUGGCCAAGGCUGACAAAUAUCAACACAAGAGUGAUGUGAAGGUGUAUGACCCAUCUGGAGAUUCUACCCUCCCCACGACUUCCAAGAAGAGGAAGUUUGAGGAGGUGGAGGAGGAAGAGGAGGCCACGCCCGUAGCAGUCAAAACCAAGAAACCCAAGAAGGAACCAGUUGAAGAACCAGAGGCAUCCACAUCGGCAGAAACUCCUAAGAAGAAGAAGAAAAAGAAAGAGAAGAAAGAAGAGGUGGAGGAGGAAGUUAAGGAUGAGGAAGAAGAGGCACUGGUCUCUCCAACAGAGGAAUCAACAGAAAAGAAGAAAAAGAAGAAGAAAAAGAAGGUCAAGGAGGAAGAGGGAGAAUAAGCUGAAUGAACUUUAUAUUUUUAGUUUUAUCGUUACACAUGUCCUCUUGGGCCUAGACUGCCGACUGAGUUUCCCGUUUGGAAGAAGAGACAAGGCGUGUGAAGAAAUGGGUUUAUUUCAGAAUGACCAAUGGAGGGGCUCUCUUAUGAUCAAGAACGAGAGACUAAUUUUGUAAACAAAGAAUACUGUGUGGAUGUUUGUGUUAAAUAUGAACCUUUUAUAAAACUUGGCGUAAGGCCCUGCAAAAUGACCCAAUGACAGUCAGGUCCAGUCAAUGUUUAAAUGUCUCAUUUGUGCACAUGUUGAGCCAUGUGACAUUUUUAAGGCUUUGUUAAUGUAUUAUAUUCUCAAACUCUUGUCUGACAGUUUUUGUUUUGGUGGAUUAAAUACACAUUUCUCAAC